AGUAUUUAUGGCCGAUUGAUAGUUGUUAACAAUCCGUUAAGAACUAUUUCUGUACUUGAACCCCACAGCCCCGGCGGUUGUAAUAUGUCUAUUAUGUCGACAGUAGCAGACACUGCUCAAAGAGCUCAUUGCCAUGUAGCCAUGAAUGCUGGAUUUUAUAAUGCGGAAAGUGGAACAUGCUACGGUAAUAUUAUUUCCAAUGGCAGACGGGUUAAAAUAGCCAAUGUUCAAAACGUGAAUUUUGGUAUCCGCAAGAAUGGAUCGAUUAUUGUUGGUUAUUUAACGGAAGAAGAAAUUCUUGAUGAUGAAAAUCCAUUUGUUCAGUUAGUCUCAGGUGUAAUAUGGCUAGUCAGAAAUGGAAAAUUGUACAUUAAAGAGAGCAUAGAAAUGGAAAGUAGUCAGCGGGACGAUCUUGGAAUACUCAAACAGUUUGUUGAAGCCAGAUCAGCUAGGAAUGCCAUUGGCCAUGACAGAGAUGGAAAUGUUAUGUUGAUGCAAAUAGAAGGCCAAACAAAUCUUAAUGGAUUAAAUCUAUACGACUUUGCAAUGAAAUUAAUUGAAUCAGGAUUUGUCAAUGCUAUUAAUUUGGAUGGCGGAGGAUCAUCAACAACUGUCAUUGAUGGUGUUACGGUUGGCUAUCCAUCAAAUCACUGUGAAUCAAAUAUAGCCUAUCGAUGUGCUCGACCAGUAUCUACAGUUAUAUGUGCUCAUCGCUUGCAUUGCAUACCUCAAGAUUGCAAUAACCACGGUAGAUGUUUACAUGGAAAAUGUCUUUGCAACCAUAACUGGACUGGUGAAGCUUGUGAAAUUACUAUUUGUGGAUACUUACACAACUGUUCAGGAAAUGGUCUAUGUACCCCAGAUGGUUGUAGUUGUAACCCGGGAUGGAUUGGAUUAUAUUGUCAGAAAGCUUGUCCUGCAACAACUUUUGGCCAGAGAUGCAAUCAGACGUGUAUAUGUCAAAAUGGAGCUCAAUGUGAUCCUAUAACUGGCAACUGUUCCUGCUUACAG